AUGGAGGAGAUUGAUAAAGAAAGCAAAAAGCCUCACAGGGUAAGGCAUUCAGGCAGGAAGGCAGAGAAGAAAAAGGCUAAAAAUCCUCAUGUUCAGGAGCUUAGUGAUAAACAAAGAAAUCCCAAAGCUUUUGCUAUAACUUCAGCUGUUAGAGCUGAAAGAAACUUCAGGAGAACACAAGAUUUAAAAAGAAAAAAGGAACACAUACCAGUUGUUAAUAGGACACCUCUUGAGCCACCUCCUAUUAUUGUCGCAAUUGUUGGCCCUCCUAAGGUUGGAAAAUCUCUUGUCUUAAAAUGUCUUAUCAAGUCAUAUACAAGGCAGCCAUUGGUAUCAAUCAAGGGCCCCGUGACUGUAGUUUCAGGAAAAAAACGGAGAAUCACUUUUAUCGAAAGCAAUAAUGAUAUCAAUUCCAUGAUAGAUAUUGCAAAAGUAGCAGAUUUGGUAUUACUCCUAAUUGAUGCUUCUUUUGGAUUUGAAAUGGAAAUUUUUGAAUUCCUGAACAUUUGUCAAGUACAUGGGAUGCCUAAAAUAAUGGGAGUGCUUACACAUCUUGAUGUUAUUAAAAAGACCAAGAAAGUGCAGAAAACCAAAAAACUCUUAAAACAUCGAUUCUGGAAAGAAGUUUACCCUGGAGCCAAACUGUUCUACCUCUCCAACUUUCAAAACGGUGCUUAUCUUCGGAAUGAAAUCAAGAAUUUAGCAAGGUUUAUUUCUGUAAUGAAAUUUCGACCUCUAACUUGGCAGUCCACUCACUCCUAUGUUUUAGCUGAUCGUAUGGAAGACAUGACACCACCUGACCAAAUUCAACGUAAUUCUAAAGUUGAUAGAAAUGUCUGCCUGUAUGGCUAUAUGAGAGGUAUCCCGAUGAACAAGAACUGCUUCGUUCAUAUACCAGGAUGUGGAGACUUCCCGUUGAGCGAUAUCAGUUUCUUGCCCGAUCCUUGCCCCCUUCCCGAUCAGAUCAAGAAGCGCUCUCUGACAGACAAGGAGCGAUCAGUAUACGCUCCGUUCUCUGGUGUUGGUGGUAUCGUCUACGAUAAAGAUGCUAUUUAUGUUGAUAUACCUUCGACUCGUCCCUCCAAUAAAAAUAAACCAGAGAUUGAAAUGAUCAGCAACCUGCUGCAAACUAAGGUAACGAUGGAGACUAAGUUAGCGCACAGUAAGAUUCAGAUCUUUUCUGGUGCCGAACCAGUAACAGCUGAAGAUCUGGAAGAGCCGAUGGAAGAGGAUAAUAUUGUAGAAAAACCAGGAGAAAGAAUAUUUGAAACUGUUAUAGAUAAAACAGAUGGAAGAAAGCGCAGGAAAGUAAUAUUUGAGAAAAAUAGUGCAGAUGAGAUAGAAACCAUAUCUAAGAAGCUGAAAAAAAAUUCUGACUCAAGUGGUAUCGAAUUUGACGAGGAAUAUGACUUUGAUGAUGUUGAUGAAGAUGAACUGUUACGAAGAAACAAUAUUUCUUCAACGUUACUGCGUUCUGAAGAACGCUGUAACAUUGAAGAAACUCCAGGAAUAUACAAAAGCAUUUUAUCCGAUAAAGAUAAGGAGCUGAAGGACAAAAUUAGUGGAGCAUUAUCAAUACUCGAAAGUAAAACAAUGGAUGAUAGUGAAGGGUGGUCAGACUGUUCAAGCGACUCCGGUGAUGAAGAAAAUGAAGAAGAAACUGAAAAGUUAAGUGUCCCUUGGGAGAAGGUAGGCGACCAGUUCUCUCAAUCCGAAGACAUUUCGGGGGAAAGUGAUGCAGAUGAUGAAGACGAUGAUGAAUUAAUGGAUACAGAUCUUAACUGGAAGUCGAAUCUUGCUGAGAAAGCAGCCAAAGCAUUUAUUGAAAGGCAGUCGGAUAAGUCAAACUUGUAUAAAUUAGUUUAUGGAGGCCUUGUUACACAAGAAAAGAGUGAUGAUGAUGCAAGUGAUGGUGAAGAUGAAACUAUAGGUGGGUUAUUCAGGGCUGUGAAAAGAGAACAACAGACGGCUUCUUUAAAAAAAGACACCCUUGACAUGCUGGACUGUUCUAAGUACGAUAAUUCUCAAAUUCGAGAUUGGAGCCUUGAAAGUAAUAUCGAAAGCAUAAGGGAUUGCUUUGUCACGGGGAAAUGGGAGCAUGGAGAGGAUGCGGAGGAACUUUUAAAAUUGGACGACCUUUCUGAAUCAGAAGAAGAAAUUUACGGUGAUUAUGAAGAUUAUGAAACAGGAGAAAAAUUUGUUGCUCAGCCUAAAGCCAACAAAAAAAAACCUGAUGAGCCCAAUAAAGAGGAACUCCUCGAUAAAAAGAGGAAAUUAAAAGAAAAAUUUGAUGCUGAAUAUGACAAAAAAGGAGAUGAUGAUGAAGAUACUUACUUCGAUGAUCUGAAGAGUGAAGCCAAUAAACAAGCAGAAUUAAACAGGACAAUGUUUGAAGGAAUCGAUGAUUCAGUUAGGGUGGAGAUUGAAGGUUUUCGAGCUGGGAUGUAUGUUCGUAUGGAAAUUAAAAAUAUGCCGUGUGAGUUUGUCGACAACUUCGACCCCACUUACCCUUUAAUCAUGGGCAGUAUCCAACCUGGAGAGCAGAACAUAGGCUUCAUAAAGGUUCGUAUCAAGAAGCACAGGUGGUACAGUAGAAUAUUGAAAAACGGAGAUCCAUUGGUCAUCUCGAUGGGCUGGAGGCGUUUUCAAACUAUCGGGGUCUUUUCAAAACAGGAAGAUAACAUGAGGCACAGGAUGCUCAAAUAUACACCUCAAUAUGUUGCUUGUAUGUGUCAUUUCUGGGGCCCAUUAACGAAAGCUGGUACUGGCUUUUUAACUUUACUUAAUUCAGCUAAUCCAGAGCAGGUGGAACCAGGAUUCAGGAUUACAGCGACAGGUGCCGUCGUGGAUACAAACCAAUCCACUGUCGUUUUCAAGAAGCUUAAACUCAUCGGUGAACCGAUAAAAAUAUUUAAAAAGACUGCAUUUAUAGGAGGCAUGUUUACUUCAGCUUUGGAAGUCGCUAAAUUCGAAGGAGCAAAGAUAAAAACUGUUUCUGGUGUUAGAGGUCAAAUUAAAAAGCCAAUUCAGCAACCACAAGGAGCGUUCAGAGCAACUUUUGAAGACAAAAUCCUUAUGUCAGAUAUUGUAUUUUGCCGAACAUGGUAUAAGAUCGAUGUUCCCCAAUUUUACACAACUGUCACCACUCUCCUCUUGCCGAUAAACGAGAAGAAUAAAUGGCUAGGUAUGAAAACUCUAGGACAGCUGAAGAGAGAGAAGGGUGUUAGGAACGCAGCUCAAGAGGACAGCAUGUAUACUGAAAUCAAAAGGGAAAAGAAACGCCCUCGACCUCUUGUUAUACCGAGAGCUGUCGAAAGAGAUCUUCCCUAUAAGUUAAAGACGAAAAACAAACUGCCACGCACCAAAAAUCCAGGCCCGUUUAUGAAACAAGUCAAGAAAGUUGUUAUUCGAGACGAGUAUGAAUCAAAGGUGGCCUCCCUUAUGAAGAAACUCAAGGUGAAUUACGAAGAUAAACUAUCAAAGAAUAGGCACGAGCUCCACCACAGAAUGAUUCAGUUCAGGAAACAAAAGAGAGUGGAAAAAAACAAAAAAAUGAAAAAGCACAAAGAACUAAAGAAAAGUGUUUAUAGAACGCUUGGUAAAAUGGAAGCCAACAAGGAAAAAAUGAAGACUAAGAAAUCUAAGAAAAAAAAUGACUAG